CAAUCCAGGAUACAUAUGGCUCCUCUGCCCACGCCACAGCCACCACACGUCCACACGGCCAUACGGGACGUGAGAAGCGAAGCAGAGCAGAGCAGGGCAGCGAGAUGUGGAGCUCCGACUCCGAGCCCGACUAUGCAGCCGGCGGCGCCACCGCAUCGUCCUCCACCUGCUCAUCCAACCCGUCGACACCACCGCUUCCUUGCCCGCCCCAGCCUCCGCCACGCCGCCACAAGAACAUUGCGGGUGUGGCCGCGACGUGCAAGAGGGCGGAGGAGGCCGAGGACGUGUGGCACGGGGCUCGGUGGGAGGCGGUGUGGCCACGGCACCCGAAGCCGGUGGUCGUCGCCGCCGAGGAGACGGGCAGCACCGGCGCCGCGUCGUCACCUUGUGGCGGCGACGGCGUGCGCCGCGCGAGGAGCCUCACCGACGAGGACCUGGAGGAGCUCAAGGGGUGCGCAGAUCUUGGCUUCGGCUUCAGCUACGACGGGAUCCCGGAGCUGCGCGGCACCCUCCUCGCCCUUGAGCUCUGCUACUCCAUGAGCCAGCGGUUCCUCGACCAGCCCCAGGCGCCGCAGGAGCAGGAGACGGCCGCCACGCCGACGACCUCGCCGCCCGUUGCCAACUGGAAGAUCUCCAGCCCAGGGGAUAGCACGGAGGAGGUGAAGGCGCGGCUCAGGUACUGGGCGCAGGCGGUGGCGUGCACCGUCAGGCUCUGCAGCUGAAGGAAUGAAUGAGCAAUCACAAGGUUUCAAUCGUCCAUUGAUGCAUUGUCCCGAUCCAUGGUCCCAUUGAUGCAUUGUCACGGUCGAAGUCGAUAGGUGGAUCCGCUGAUCGAAGCAUGUUUCCUAUGACAUUAUGAGAGAAGUCGAUAGCUUCUCAUCUACUAUCUAGGUAUAGACUCGUGUGAUUCAAAAUAACGUACCUUGUUAUUGGGAGAUUGGAUGGAUAAAUAAAAUGGGUAACUAUUUUUCUCGUAA